GGUGGGUCCAGCAGCCGUGGACAAUGACUGCACGCGCGAAACGAACCGCGACGCGCGGCCGCUGAUGCGCGAGCGUCCGUUUUUGAAAAGCACUUUAGAGCACUCAUUAACCGGUGCACCGUAACUACGCAGCGGUUAGAAGAAACGCAACGUGUGUGCAAUACGGGCAUUAGAAAGUGUAAUGUAAUUUGUGUAGUGCGAUGCUGUCGGUGGGCAAGCCGGCAUCACUAGUCCAACAGAAGAAGGAGCAGUGGGCACGGGAGAGAGAAGAAAUGUCACAACUUUAUCUGCCAUGGGGUUCCGGAGAGCGGUAUACAAAUCGUUUACAAGUACGGAAUCAGUUCGCGAGCACACUUGAACUACAUAAACAGUCAUCUUACGAAUACCAAGAGCCUAUACAACGCCAGCGAAGUCCUAGUCUACCUCCCAUUCGCAGCACCGACCCAGAGCGAAGUAGAGACGAUAAAAGAUCAAAUACGUUAAAUCGAAACAUACCUAGUGCGAAAAGAUUCUCAUUUUAUGACGAAGAUGCGGAAGGAGACACGUCUGGAUAUGGAAGUGAAACAAUUAAUCACAUGAAUAGAAAUCAAAAUGAUACAGUUCACAAUGUCACUAAUACUCCCGUUGUAGCGUGGCAACAUGGCAAAGAAAACAGACUCCUUACUGAAACUAGGAAUCUAAGUUCGAGUGGUGGAAGGUCUGCGGACGGUACAUGGUCAGCACGGAGUCCAAGAAGCAGCACCGCAGAAGAAGGACGUCCGCGGUGGGGAGACCGAGGCGUCGCUACUGGCCGCUUGUGGGAGCCAACUGCGCCUAAUGCUAGACUACCACAGAUGAAAAAUGAGAAGAAAGGCACGCCAUCGUGGGUGGAACGUGGAUUAAAUAUGAUCGAAAAUACAGCAGAAGUUCUUGUUAUUGAUCAAACAAGUUCGACGAAUUCAGGUUUCGAGUGCGAUAGAUCUUCCUGUAACGGAAGCGAUGAAGGAAAAACAUUUCUUCGAGGACAGAAUGUUCCAUUAGAACCAGAAAUUAAAGCGCAACGUGAAAAUAAAAGGAUUAAAGCUUUAGAAUUGCAAUCGGCCAUAUUAAGUCAGCUAGAGGAUCGAGAGAAACGUCGUCAAGAAGAAAGAGAAAGAUGUAUAAGAGAAGAAAGACUAGAAGAAUUAAGGAUGCAAAGACAGCAAGAGGAAGACAGACUUAGAUUAGAGGAAGAAAAACGAAAGCUUGAAGAAAAACAAUUGAUGGAACAAAAAAAAUUAGAAACUCUUAAAAAAGCUUUAGAAGAUGCGGAAAAAAAAGCUAGAUUAGAGAAAGAAAAAAAGUUUAGUAGCCAUAGACAACAUGUGAAUGCGGUUCUUCCAUGUGAGAAAAUAUCUAAGGAGGAAGAUAACGCUGAAAGUGGUAUAAAUAGUAGUGUAUUUAGAAAUGAAAGUAUAAGCCCUACAAAGACAAAUAGGACCUACGAUUUACACUCAGCAAAAAGUAAAAAAAAAGAUUGCGAAUCCCAGCAAAGUACAGGAUUUAACUCUCCCCGAUCUGUUGGACCAGGGAAUUUAAAUUUGUUUAUACACAGCGUGCCCCCAUUAGCGCUUGCUGAUAAUCAGUUCAACAUUGUUCCAAUCGGCGUUAAUGGAAAUGGUGAUAUAUUAAGUGGCCAACCAAAUAGUAUACAGUUAGCAGUUUUAGUGCCCCAAAAUCUAACUAAUAGUUUGUAUAGUGUUUCAUUAAAUUCACUUAAUAAUAUACAAGAAUUAACGGAUACUGGAAAAAUAUUAACACCUAGAAAAUACCGAUCAGGAAAAACAAAAGACGCUUCAACACAAACAGAUGUGAUUCCCUGUAUAUCUACUAUGGACAAAAUAGUGGAAACAGAACUUGAAAGAAAUAUAGAUAAAAAUUAUCCGAAUAUUGACGAAAACGCACCACAAGAAAGUCAUCAUAACACUUUAAAAAAAGAUAGACGUUUUCGUUCAGAAGAAAGAUAUAAAAAGGAAAUAGAAAAUCGACCUAAGUGGGGUGUAAAUAGACCAGCCGCUCAAUAUAAAAAACAAAGCGAAAAAGAUCCCUUUUACAGUCAAAAAAGAAAAAUAAGACAAAAAUAUAGACCACAAGUAAGACAGUAUUUAUCACAAUCAAGUGAAGAUAGUCGUUCUCCGAGUCCGCCAUUGAGACAAGCCGAAAAAAUAUCAGAAUCUGGUCAUAAACAUCGUAAUUCACUAAGUCAAUCAUAUUGGAAAAAUAAAAGAUCUAGUCAAGAUUUAUCUAGAAGUGUUCUUAUAACAGAAACUGAUCAAAAUACAUCAGAAUUCAAUAAUUUAAAUCAAAUAGUGAACGACAUUGGAGAUAAUAAAAAAUCUCCCAAAAUGUCGCCUAAUAAGAGAAUGACUCUUUCGCAAAAAUUUAUUAAUGAUAAAUAUGGGAAUAGGAAAUUAUGGAUCGACGAUAUCAAUGAGCGAAAUAACAAAUCAAAUAAUAAUAUAUUUGAUGUUGAAAAUAGAAAAAGAGUUAUAGACCAAUUAAACGUAGCAAAAAGAGAUUAUUUAGAAAGACAUGAGGAUCAAGAAAAUCUUAUAUUUAAAACGAAAUAUUAAGA